AUAUAUACUUUUCCUCCUGGCAUUUUUGGAGUAAUAUACUUGUUGUGACAUACUCGCAUUCUAUUUUAUUAGGAAAUAUGGUAGUUUGAAGUGAAACUACAUAGAUGCGAUCUUAAGUUUUCCAAUAAAACAGAGCAUUAUAAGCUUCAAAAACAGAGUUUAUUCAGGCCAAUGUGGUUGCAAUGCAGAAGAAAGUGUUUUAACCUAAGAUUAUGGAGAAGUAUACAAAAGGAAGCUUAUCUUAGCUCAUUUCUUCUUUGUCACAUCUCACUGAUAAAUUUUUUUGGAGACUGACGUCUAUUUCUCACGUUCAGUUGAGCUUUUAAUUAUAUAUCUCGGUUUGGUUGAAAUCAAAUCUAUUCCUUCUUGUCAAGAAUUCAAGAUUCCACUUUAAUUCUCAAGAUUCAUUAAAAACAAAUGCCAGCCAAAUUAUUUUUUUGACCAGUCUGUUAGAGAUGAAACAUAAAUAUUUUAAGAUCAAAUAUAGUAUUAAUGAAAGAUUACACCAUUAUAUCUUUCAUAACAAAUAGAAACUAUUUUUUUUUAUUAUAACAUCUUUUCCUUUCUGAUCAAAGAAUAUGAAUAGAACGAUUUUUUGUUUAGGAAACUGAAUAUAUAUAUAUAUAUAUAUAAAGACCUUGGCGUCAUAACUUCAUUUCUAUUCUUUCACCAGAAAAAAAAUUAUAAUUUACAAAAAUUAGUUUCUAUUUGUAAGUGCAGUAAGGAUAUAUAUUUACUAAAAAUACUAGACAAUUCAAUAACUACAAAUAUAUUAUUAACUUAAACGUGGGCCUUGUAUGUGCAGUAAGGAUAUAUAUUUACUAUAAAUACCAGACAAUUUAAUAACUACAAAUAUAUUAUACCUUAAAUGUGGGCCGCCCAUGGUCUCUAUAAAUUGGCACAUUUUAUCUUUCAAUUGCAUAUACAUUACCUCAAAAAAAAAAAAAAAUACACGGAAACAUGAGUCGUCUCUGGUGCUUUUUGCUUAUCAUUACAUUGUGCGUGGGGUUGAAUAAUGCGGGAGUGUUGGAGAAAAACUCCGUACACUUCAAAAACUCUCUUGGUCCAAAUAAUAUUCUUAGGGUCGAUUGUUCAUCUAAAGAUGACUUUCUAGGCGUCCACGAUUUGAAGCCUGGACAAACCUUUGAUUUUAGUUUUAAUGACAGUAUAUUAAAAACCAAAUUCGAUUGUACCUUAGCGCAGGGACAGGGUUUCAUUCAUCAGGCAAGCUUUAGAGCAUAUGAAGGUGGUGGUUUCAUAGUUCAUUAUGGUAAGGAGAAUUUUUGGGAUGCUAGAGAAGAUGGAAUUUACUUUACACAUGGUAAAGAAACGCCCAAGUUAGAGUAUAAGUGGUCAUAAAAUGUCACUGUAAUCCUCAAAUGAAGUGGAAUUUAGAGUUUUUUGUUUUGUUUUAUUUUAACGGCAAUUUCUCAUCUCUUGUUCUUGUAAGAACAACGUAUCGAAUAAAAUUUAUAUUGCAAUCGCA